ACAGAGCCCUCCUGUUGAUAACCAUCUGAAAAAAAACCCUUUCAACAAUGAGCUCAAGCAGGAUGAAUUCCACCCCAAAAAUACGCAUUUGUCCUUCGAGAUACGAGUUCAACGAUCCAGCCGCCGAACGAGAGGAAAAAUGUCGCCUGUUGGAGGAGUUCGAGCGAAAAAUGAAAACUGUGGUAAAACGUGACACGCUCCAGCGAACGAUGGACCGCACGCUAUCACCAACGCUCGGCAAGAGGACAAAGCGUUGCAUAAGUGCGGUUACUCCCGAGUUUCAGCCUCCUUCGCUUCCACCCACCCAAAGUGCCGGUGAAACCACCAGCCUGCCGGGAGAUGCCGCUCCAUUAGCCCAGCCAGCUACCCUACAGGUGACGAUAGACUCUCGCACCAAACCACGCGCCCUACCACCGCGGGUGGAAAAUUGGAUGGAAAACUUUCUCCGGAAGCCAACCCGAGAACGCGUCCGGUGGCGUUCGAAGCUGCACGAGCUGGAACCACGCUGCUCGGACCGGCCCCCAUCGGAGCGGGUCGAACAGCUGAUCGACGUCGGAGCGCAGGACUUUGUCGCCUGGCUCAACACACUCGGUGCGGAACGGUCCAGCCUAACGACGGACGUCGUGAAGGGACUGUUCUCGAUCGAAUCGGCCGACGAAACGUCCCGGGCCCUUAGCAUUGCACCGAAAGAGAUCCGUGCCGUGCCGGGGCAAGUAGCGAGGGAAUGGAACGUGCCACAGCUGGCGUUGGAAAAUCGUAUCGCACAGCUUGUGCACCACGACCGGAUGUUGGCCGACGGUGGUACGAAACGAAUCGCGUUCGGGCGUGGACUUCCGCAGGAGCUGAGAAGCGGCUGGUGGACGCAGGAUGUUGGGUGUGAAGUGGAGCGGCCAGACGUUCCGGACGAUUUGAUGAGCUUGAAACGGUUGUUCCGUGACAUCUGGCACCUGCGCUCGGUCAAGUAUUUGGUGGACUACCUAGCCGAGCGUCCAGCGUUGCCUCGGCCAAGGUUUUUGGAGGAGAAGGGACUGUUUCACCGGCAGGAUGUCGUUGAACCGGUUCCGUUCUAUAGAAAAGUUCUAUCGCAGAAAGCCAUCGCUGCAAGUGUGAGACGAUAGAGGGGGUUAAGGUUACAUUUUGGCGAUGAAGGCUGGGCUAGAAUGGUGGCUAGUGUUAAAUUCAAAGUAAAUAAAUUGUAGUCAAUUUGG